UUGCAUGCCCUACAAGACGACAUGAGAUGGUGGUUUUCCGCAUCAGACCAUCAGGUCAAGAUUGUCCUGCUUGCCAAGUUUGACCACCGUCUUCAACAGAUUCUCAUCGAGAGAUGGGAGGAAGAAGCUGCGACCCGCCCUGGCGCUACAACGACUAGUCAACCUGUGUUACAGCAAAGUAUCACCAUCACACGGGAUCCGGCUACUGGUUCAUAUCAAGUCGCU